CAAACUUCAACAAGUUGAAUGUUUUUACAUAUGAAAAGAGAACAAUAGAAAAUAAAGGAAAGCAAUAGUGAUAUGAUCUACCCCUCGAAGUAGGAAGUUUUUUAGAUAGGGAAUGCCGCCACACAAUCAAACAAUCACGCAAACCCCUGACCCUGCGCCCCACUAAAUCGAAACAAGAAGACCAAGAUUCCACCUGGCAAUCCCCAUCAAGAAAGGCACCGGACAAAUCCCCAAUUUCCUUGGCCGAUCCAUCCGAAAAAGCAUAAAUCAAUGGCCAUGACGAUCGCAAGAUCACCAUACAGAACUCCCCGUCUAUUUAGGCGCUGACUAGCAAAUGUCUUGAGAUUAGCAAAUUACUAAAACCACUUGAGGGCCAGGUAUUUAACUUGCGCAAGACUAUCACUUUCUGCUGAAGUUGCUUAUUGAUUCCUUUUAGGUAAAAUGGCAACAAGCCAUACAGUCAACACAAGGAGGAAAACAAGAAAGAUGAAAAGCGAGGGAGUUGUAAAUGAUGCUGAGUACAUGAUUAAACAAGGAAAAUAUCUUACAGGACUCUGCAAGACAUAUCUUGGUGAUUAUGUUGGAUGGGGUGUGAUAAAUGCAAGUUAUAAAUAUAUCCCUAAAGGUCUUUUUGUGCUGGAAUAUGCCGGAGAACUAUUGUCGAAGGAAGAAGCAGAUAGAAGAGAAAUUAAAUAUAAUCAGACUGGAUGUGGCAGCUAUAUGUUUUAUUUUAAACCCAAAGGCCAAGAUUUAUGAUUGCACAUCAAACACCAAAACAAGAUGGCAAUUCUGAUUUAAUCAAUUCUGGUAUGUAUUCAAAUGGAAUAAGGUGAGCUGCAUGAACGGAUAAAUCAAUUUUUUGUGUUUUCCUUUUUUUGGCUUUGAUCCCUAUCACCAUUGUUAAUGUAUCAACAGGGGCUAAAAUAAGAAAUUGGGCGUGGUACUUUGCUGGGAUUGGCACCUUGUGGCUGGCAAAUAUAGAAAUUGCCAUCAUUGUGCAAAUAGCAUGUCCUAAUUGGGCAAAUUCUAUAAUGAAUUGGGGAGCAUUAGGGAGCAUUAGAGAAACAAGAGGGUAGCACUAGGGGAAGAGGCAUAGCCCCUGCCAAUCUGAGUUAGAGAGGGGUUUCUUUAUAGUUGGUUACAAAAACUCUAGUUGGUCACAAUAUUGUAAAUGCUUAUCAGAGUUUUCAGAAUUUUGAUUAUUGUUGUCAUUAUGAUUGAUAUUUAAAAUAAUUCCUACAGGUACCAGCAGCAGCCAUGACGAGAUGCAGUUUUUGUGGAAAGGCAGACCAUGAACUGCAGCUAAGGAAUGGUAGGACUGUCUGCCCUCAAAAGAGGGAAGAAGUAAAAAAUCAUUUAAAUAAAAUUAUUGAGUCACUUGGGGGCCAAAAAUGAAAAGAACUGAUUAAUCAAUAUUUUGUGUUUUCUUUUUUGUGGCUUUGAUUCCUAUCACCAUUGUUAAUGUAUCAACAGGGGCUAAAAUAAGAAAUUUUUACAGAUUUUUGAUAAGAAAUUUGAACAUUUUUUAUAAAAAUUGGGCGUGGUACUUUGCUGGGAUUGGCACCUUGUGGCUGGCAAAAAUAGAAAUUGCCUUCAUUGUGCAAGUAGCAUGUCCUAAUUGGGCAAAUUCUUAAAUAAAUAAAUCAUAUGUAGCAAAAGCUGAUUCUUUACAAUAUAUUGAUUGGGUUUAUAAGAAAAUUAGGAACAUAUAGCGAUGACGUAACUUGUGAGAAAAACUUUCCUGUGAAUAUGUGCAAGUUGGUUGUUUCAUAUCAUAAGACAUUCGUUUGCGUCCAUGCUGGUACACAAUUAACGAGUACCUAGAUAUUGUGAGGUCAUUUCAUAUUAUUCUCAUAUACCCGUGCUAUUAUUUGAUGGAAUUGUUUCCAUUCAUACAGAUUUCCUUUUCUUGUUUCAUUAAUGCGAGGCUUUAAGUACUGUUAUAAAAGUUUAUCUUCCAAUGUGAUUUGAAAUUAUUACUUUUCCUUAUCGAUCGAAAAAGUUGUUGGAUGUACACUGAUACAUGCUACUUCAAUGUUGUGGGGAUAUGUUGGUUGGUUUAUUAUAUGGCUGAAGAGACAUUAUUGAGUGCACUUUUCUCAACGUUCAGGUUGUGGUGUAAAGUCUGGUAAUCCUUGGAUAUGGUGAAAUUUCUUCCUUCCACUUUCCUGUGAAUAUGUGCAAGUAGGUUGUUUCAUAUCAUAAGAUAUUCGUUUGUGUCCAUGCUGGUACACAAUUAACGAGUACCUAGACAUUCUGAGGUCAUUUCCUAUUAUUCUCAUAUACCUGUGCUAUUAUUUUAUGGAAUUGUUUCCAUUCAUAUAGAUUUCCUUUUCUUGUUUCAUUAAUACAAGGCUUUAAAGGA